GUCUCUACCAGCUAUCUGCUGAACCUUAUCUACCUUAUCUCGACUUAUUGUUAGGUCGUAUAUAAAAAGGUAUCUUAAAUUUAUAUGGGCACAGAAUUGCGAACGAGUUCAAAUGAAUACGUAGUUGAAUAUUGAACGACGAACGAAUAUAUACAAAGUGCUCAAAAUGAGGAUAACGAUAUUUCUAUUACUUAUUGGCGUCUGCCUGGUAAGCACAAAAUAUUUACCUUAUGAUGAAAGCGAUACCAGUGUACUAGUUAGAAGUAAGCGGUCUGACUCUGAUGAAUCAGUUCCAUCUAUCGAUCGUGACGAUUCAAGUGACACUGAAGAAGAUAAUAAGGAAGAAAAUACGAAUGAAGAUGAAGAUGAAAAACAGAAGCAAAAGCUUUUAAAACGAGAAGAAAAAAGAAAAUGUAAGGAAGAAGAGGCUCAAAGAAAAUUGGAAGAGAAACAGGCAAAAGAGAAACGUAAAGAGGAAGAAAAGCAUGAGAAAGAGGAACGUAAGCGACUCGAAAGAAUAGAAAAACUGAAAAGAAAGGAAGAAGAGAAACAGAGAAAACUUCUAGAGAAAAUAGAAAAGGCAGAAAAGAAAAGACAAGAAAAAGAACGUAAACAACUUGAAAAAUUACAGAAAGAAGCGUUGAAAGAUUCCGAAGAAGAUGACUUCUUAGCUACUAAAGAAGACGAUUCGAUAGAAUUAAGUGAUAUUUGGCGGAAUCAUAUCUACGUUAAGUAUGGUUUAAAUUUCGCAAGUACGAAGUCAGAAAAACACGCCGCUAUUGAUAAAUACUUACAAGAAGAGCUAGGUCUAAAUUCAAACAGUACAGAAAGUGAUCGCCGACAAGCUAUUAUGAAACUUAUAGAAACGAAAUUGCAAAACGACACAGUUUCACAAGAAGCUUUGAAAAAUCAGCUUAUAGCUCAUAUUAAUAUAUUGAGUUUAAACAAGUGGCAAGCAAAACUAGAGAAAAACAUCAAUGAGUUAAAUAAUAAAUCACAAAUACUAAAUAAUAUUACGUUACCGUGGGCUAAUGUGACGCAGCAGAAACUCGAAGAAAAGAAAUCAUUUCUUCAAACUAUUAGCAAAUUUUUAUCUGACAUGUUCCCAAGUUGGGUCGAUAGUGAACAGAAUCAAACUCAACCCGGAAACAAUAGGACUGAUGUAAUUAGUGAGACAAUUAUUGAAAAUCCUGUUGUGGGAUCUAAUGAUGCUUCGAGUGUAAGCAAUACUGAGUCAAAUUAUAAUGUUAACUCAGAUAGCGGUGAUGCAUCUACCUCAACAAAUGUAAAUGGUGGUUCUGUGCCCACAGAGAACAGUGGUUUACCGUCUAGUAAUAUUCCCAUUACGCCAACGACUGUUAACAAUAUUACUUCCUCUGUCUCUUCAGAUAAUAAAGAAUCAUUAAACGUUUCUAACUCAAAGGAUUCUCUUUCUUCUGGAGGAAGUAGCGAUGGUUUAAGCAGUAACGCUAAUGUUGAGUCCGCAAAUGUGGCACCUAAUAAUGUUGAUUCUGAAUUUUCGGGAAGUAAUGAUGCUACUCUAAAUAAUAAUGUAAAUCUUGGUACUGUGAUUUCCCCAGCAGCUUCUACAGACCAAGGCUUGGACAAUAAUACAAAUACAAUAAUUGAAUCUUCUCCUUCUGGUGUAAGUAAAGAUGCUGUAGAAAAUAACCCUAAUAUUGAGUCUACAAACGUAUCAUCUACUAAUGUUCAGUCUGAAUCUUCUGGAAGUACUGAUUCUGCUGUAAAUAAUAAUGUAAAUAUUGAUCCUGCAAUCUCUUUAACAGAAAAUACCAAUUCUGUUUCUAUUGAAGGAAACAUAGACAAUAAUACAAAUACAAUAGUUGGAUCUUCUCCUUCUGGAGUAAGUAAAGAUGCUGUAGAAAAUAACCCUAAUAUUGAGUCUACAAACGUAUCAUCUACUAAUGUUCAGUCUGAAUCUUCUGGAAGUACUGAUUCUGCUGUAAAUAAUAAUGUAAAUAUUGAUCCUGCAAUCUCUUUAACAGAAAAUACCAAUUCUGUUUCUAUUGAAGGAAACAUAGACAAUAAUACAAAUACAAUAGUUGGAUCUUCUCCUUCUGGAGUAAGUAAAGAUGUUGUAGAAAAUAAGCCUAAUAUUGAGUCUACAAACGUAUCAUCUGCUAAUGUUCAGUCUGAAUCUUCUGGAAGUACUGAUUCCGCUGUUAUUAAUAAUGUAAGUAUUGACUCUGCAAACUCUUUAAUAGCAAAUACCAAUUCUGUUUCUACAGAAGGAAACAUAGACAAUAAUACAAAUACAAUAAUUGGAUCUUCUCCUUCUGGAGUAAGUAAAGAUGUUGCAGAAAAUAAGCCUAAUGUUAAGCUUACAAACGUAUCAUUUACUAAUAUUCAGUCUAAAUCUUCUGGAAGUACUGAUUCUGCUGUAAAUAAUAAUAUAAAUAUUGAUCCUGCAAACUCUUUAACAGCAAAUACUGAUUCUGUUUCUACAGACGGAAACAUAGACAAUACUACAAAUACAGUAACCGGAUCUUCUCCUUCUGGAAUAAGUAAGGACUUUGUAGAAAAUAGCGUCAAUGUUGAGCUUACAAACGUAUCAUCUACUAAUGUUAACUCUAAGUCUUCCGGAAGUACUGAUUCUUCUGUAAACAGUGAUGUGAAUAGUGAUACUGCAAACUCCCUAACCGCAAACACUAAUUUAGUUUCUACAGACAAAAGCAUAAAAAAUGAGGUAAACAAUGAUACAAAUUUAAAUACUGACUCUCCUCUUCCUGAAGCGAGUAGUAAUGGUGUAGAAAAUAACGCUGAUAUUGGUUCUACUUAUGUAUCGCCUAGCAUUGUUCAAUCUGAGUCUUUCAGAAAUACUGAUUCUGCUGUGAAUAGUUAUGUAAAUAAUGAUCCUGCAAAUCCUACAACAAUAAAUACUAACUCUGUUUCUGCAGAUGAAAGUUCUAUGAGCGAUGUAAACAGCAACAUUACCAUUAAAAAUGAAAAUGUUUCAACCUCAAAUAUAGACCCCGUUAUUGUUGAGGCCACUGUUGCCUCAAAUGGGAAUGUAAAUUCUGUUAAUUAUUCACCAUUAAAUACUGAGUCAUUAACUACUGGAGAAGAAUCUCUAAGUGGUUCAUCUGAUAAUCUUAGCUACACUACAAGUGGACCUGGGGAGACUACUAAUAUUGGAUCUAUAACUUCAUCAUUAAGUACCAAUUCCAUUCCACCAGGAAGUAACAUUAAUCAUAUAAGUAACAACUCUAAUCUCAGCCAUGCAGAUAUAUCUCCUGAAUCAAUUCCACUAGAAAAAAGUAGCGAUGUCGCAAAUACCAAGACGAACGUUGAUGCAGUAAAUGUUUCGACCACAAAUAUUGAUUCAGCUUUAAAUGGAAGUAUUGAAACCAUUAAUGUAAAUAAGAACGGCAUUGACGCUACAAGUACUUUAAAUACCAAUUCUAUUUCUGAUGAAAACAAUAAAGACAUAAUAAUUAACAGUGCUAAUGCUGGUUUGUCUUCCCCAAACACUAGCACUGAUUUUAGCGGAGUCAGUAAUACUGUUUUUAAUAAUUUCACCGAGGUCACAAACAUUGAGUCAACGAAUAAUAGCUCUAUUUUUUUGGAGCAAAAUGAUAAUGCUUUGACUAACAAUGGUGAUAAUAAUUCAACUAAGAAUGACUCAGUUCUUCCUGGGGUAAAUCCAGGAGUGAGUACCGAAAAUGCGACGCAAUCGAAUAUCACUUUGGUUUCAGUAACAAACAGUGAUUCUGUUUCAAACAUAGACGUUAUUGCAAAUGCGGAUGGUGUACCACCUGUUGCAUCGGAAAUAAGCUCUGUUAGCAGUGAUAAUAUCAUAAACACUAAUGCAGCCUCUACGAAUGUUUCCGAAAUCCUAAUCUCAGUUAAUAAUGGUUUGUCACAGGGAGAAAACAAUCCUUCUACUGCUAAUAUUGAACUUGCUAGUAAUGUGGAUGUCCAAAUAACUGUUCCUACGGAAGCUAGUGUGAUUGUGAGUAACACGAAUGCUGCAAACAAUGAAAGUGCAAAUACAAACGUUGAUUCAGGUUCUCUUGAUGUGUCUACAAUUUCUGAUAACCUAAGUAAUACAGCACAACCUGUUAUUGAAAAUAAUGUAGCAAAUUCAGGUGCUACUCCUAAUGAGGCUGAUGUAACUCUACAAUCCACAACUGAAUCUGUAGUCAACGUUGACGAAAUUGUAAGCAACGCCAAUACAGCGUCUGACAUUGCUGUUACGGAAAUACCUAACGAUGUUUCAGUUCCUGGUGUCGAACCACCAAAAUUGGAACCUUUGGAUAGUGGAGUAACAUUACCCGAGGAACUUGGUGCAACAGUGGUAGAAAUAACCCAACAAUUAAACUGAAAUAGUUAUAUAGAUUAAAACUAUAAUUAACAUUUGCUGUUUAUUUUAAUUGUAUAAUAUUUUAGAUUAAAACACGUGACUAA